AUGCGCACGACGGUAGCCAAGCGCGGCGUCAAGGUCGCCGCAACUGCUGCACCGCGCCGCUCUGCGCGUCUCAAAGCAGCGACGUCUCUCAUAGCAUCGACCAAGAGAUCCGCUGUCACAAACUCUGUCUCCGCUCUAUCUCCAGGCGCAUCAACGUCUGCGAAGCGAGUUGCAACAGUCGCACAAGAAGGACCAACGUUCACACUGUCGCGCGUGUUUGAGACGCGCUACGAAGCCGGAGGCUAUUCAGUCGUUAUUGGAGUUGACGAGGCUGGAAGAGGACCACUCGCAGGUCCGGUUGUGGCUGCUGCUUGCCACGUGCCUCUGGAUGUGACGAUAGCUGGUGUGAACGACAGCAAGAAGAUCGUCGAGUCCCAGCGUGAAGAGCUAUUCGAGCUCCUGACGACUCAUCCGCGUAUCACUUACGCGGUGCAUGUCAAUAGCGCACAGCGGAUCGAUGAGAUCAACAUCCUGCAGGCAUCACUAGAGUCCAUGGCCACGUCAGUGCAUGACGUUGCGGAGCGACUGCAGCAGACGGAUCGUACGUUUGUCCUAGUGGACGGCAAUAAACUGCCACCGACGCUGGAACUGUCUGCAGAGACGGUGGUCAAAGGAGACACCAAGGUCUACAGCAUUGCAGCAGCCUCCAUCAUUGCCAAGGUCACGCGGGACCGUCUUAUGCGCGAAUACGAUCAGCAGUAUCCGCAAUACGGACUGGCGCAGCACAAAGGGUACCCGACAAAAGCUCAUGUUGCUGCUAUAGCAAAGCACGGACCAUGUGCAAUCCAUCGCAUGACGUUUGCACCGCUGAAAUCGAAAGUGGCUUGCAAGCAGAAGGCGAAGGACGAGGCUGCUACACAAUCCACGAGGGAAGAAGGCAGACAGCGUCGACGACAAUGA